AUGAAAUUAAUUAUUCUAUUGACAUUCAUCUUUUUAGUCAAUUCUGCAGAUAUAAAAACAUGUCUAUGUUCAAACCUAUACACUGAAUUUGACUGUAGUAAUGCUGUCUCUUUUCAGGCAGCUAGCCAAGACUUAUUUGAUGUUAAGGCUUGUAUAUGGCUUGAAGGAUAAUGUAUAGAUAUCAUUAAGGAUUUUGAUUUUCCUUGUGUUUUACUUGAUGAAGAUACAUGUAAUAAUGUACCUUCAUGUGCAUGGUAAAAUUUACAAUGCCAAAAAUUUACAAAAUGUUCAGAUUAUACAUAUGAAAAAAGUAUUCUAUCUAAAUCUUGUGAUGAUAUUAGUUGUUUAGAUAAUGGAACUUAAUGUGCUUUUGAUAUAAUAGGACGAAAUGAAUAAUAUUGUGAAGAUAUAGCCUUUGAAGAAGAUUGUUCAAGAAUAUAUUUAUUAUAUAAGAAAACUUUAUGUAAUUGGAAUGGGUCUGCAUGUGUAGGACAAAGAUUAUCUUCUUGUUCAAGUUUAACAGAAAAAUAAUGUUUAUAAGCUAAUGCCUAAUGUGCUUGGAAAAAUUCUUCAUGUGUUAAAAGAACAUGUGAAGAUGGGCAAUAUCCCUUUUAUUAGUCAGAAGGAGUUAAACUAUGUUCAAGUUACUUAGAUAUUGAAACUGAUUAGAUUAUGUAUUGUGAAAUAAAUGAAGAUGGAUUAUGUGCAACAUCAAAUCCUGAAGAUUUAGAUAGAAGAAAUUGUUAUGCAUAAUCCUUUUAAUAAUAUUUCUGGAAUCCAGAAGAUGAAGAAUGUUAGAUGUGCUUAUGA